GCGACAGGACAGGCUGGACACCUCAGGCGCCCAGAUCCACCAACUAUGAAGCUGCUGGUCACUCUGGUGCUCUUCUACAUACUUUUGUCUGAUGCUUUUCAGACGACCGCAGCAAUGAUGUGUCACAGCUGUGUCAAACCAAAGGAAUGUGUAAAGGAAUGUGAUCCUGCUGAAGACCGCUGCUAUACUGCAUCAGUGAUGAGCCUUGGGCUGAGUGGGAAAGGAUGUACAACCAGCCUUGUGUGUAAAGCGGCUGAAGCCACUGGAAAGGUCAAAUGCUGUGAGGGAGAUCUGUGUAACGGCGCUGAGGGGGUUAAGCUGAGUCUCCUCAUCAUGCUGGUUCCUCUGCUCUUCUCCAUCCUCUUCAUCUGAGCUCUCUGCUGCUCCUCUCUCAGUCAUUCAUCUCUUACUGGAAUAACAGAAAUAUUAUUACUGUUAGUAAAAUUGAUGUAAUUUUCCUAUUUUUUCAUUACUUGCUCAGUUGCUCUGUUAAUGUUGGUGAUAAGAAGAAAUGAUGAGACUUCAAAACCAAUCAAAGUCAAUGAGGCCUAGUACCUUUAUUUCUGGUGUGAAACCUAUUUUUUUUAUUAGCUCAGCUGAAGAAAUAAGGAGGUUGCACUCAGUAAGCAGCCUGGCAAUCUUUUCUUCUAUGAUUAAUUCAAAGUCAAAUAGCUUAGACUAAGUGUAUAGCUGAUGUUAUCUAGCUGAAUAAUAAAUAAUUACAGUUCUGAGGCUUGGUACUUUUAUUGCAGCUAUGUUAUGUAAGGACUGAGCAUAAGCAGUUCCUGUUUCUCAGGAGUGUUUGCUGUUUUCUCCACUCAACUUUGCUAGUCUCUUGCUGUUUUUUCCUUAUUUUUAUUUUUUCAUUUUUUCAAUGUUAAUUAGUGGUUGCAUGUUACUGACAAUAAAU